CGAAAGACGCUGAUGAUGGUGCCCCACGCCAUGUGAACCCGGGUCGGUCCCUCGCUCGCUGCCCAAUGACUUGGCGGAAACGCCAUACUGUUGGUCAACCUCAGCUUUUUUUUAUAUAUUGGUUCAUCGUCGUCCGAGAAUGUCACAAGCUUUUGUGGAUAUGUCCAGCCAAGUUCCGACGCGCUUGAAGGGGCAUGUGGUGGCCCUGCCUUUCCCCACCACAGGCCACGUUAACCCCAUGAUGAACCUCUGCAAAUUUCUCGUUUCAAGAACCACCGAUGUUACCAUCACCUUCGUCGUCACCCAAGAGUGGCUCAGCCACAUCGGAUCUUACCCCAAGCCACCUACUAUUCGCUUCGCCACCAUCCCUAACGUCGUCCCUUUCGAGACCAAGAUACUCGACGACAUGCCUCUCUUCUCUGUAUCUGUCAGGACGAAGAUGAGAGCUGCAUUCGAAGAGCUACUCGAUCAUCAGCUAAUUGAGCCGCCGACUGUCAUCGUCACCGAUGUUGAAUUGACGUGGCCGACUGCCGUGGCAAAUCAGAGGAAUAUUCCGGUUGCUCUGUUAUGGACCAUGUCGGCGUCGUUCUUCUGCACGUACCGUCAGCUGGAUAUCCUGGCCCCUGCUCCUGACCGGCGUUUGACGGUUGAUCUUCUAGGUAAUGUAUGGAAUGGGUUUGAUAAGCAAGCUGAGCAAAUUCAGGGAAGCUCUUCCUCACAACAACCCAUUAAUCUUCGGAAGCUAGUUCACGAAAAGGAUUUUGGAGUUUUCAAGAGAGCCUUGGAUUGCAUUCCACCAGUAGCCAAAACAGAUUAUCUCCUCCUCAAUACGAUCCAAGAGCUUGAGGCUGAGGAAAUAAAUUUUCUGAAAGCUAAAUUCCCCUUCCGAAUCUAUCCUGUUGGCCCUGCCAUACCAUUUACAGAACUCGAACCACCAAGCGACUCAUCAGCGACCGACUCUGAGCAUGUAAUGAAGUGGCUAGAUUGUCAGCCGAAGAUGUCGGUACUGUACAUCUCUAUGGGUAGUUUGUUUUCCAUGUCUCGCCCCCAGAUGGAAGAACUGGCUUCAGCUUUAAAAACCAGUGAGAUUCAGUUUCUAUGGGCGUGUCGUUCAGAUGCAGCGUGGCUGAAAGAGAAAUGUGGGGAUAAGGGACUGGUCGUGCCAUGGUGUGACCAGUUGAAAGUUUUGUGCCACAGGUCUAUAGUGGGUUUUUGGAGUCAUGGUGGAUGGAAUUCAACUGUGGAAGCUUGCUUUGCCGGCGUGCCGAUCCUGGGAUAUCCUUUCUUUCUGGAUCAGUUCUCGAAUUGCAGGCAAAUCGUGGAAGAAUGGAAGAAUGGGUGGAAGGUGGGUGGUGAGGGAUCGGAGGAGUUACUGAAGAAAGAAGAGAUAUUGAAAGCGCUUGGGAUGGCGAUGGACGCAGAGAGUGAAGAGGGGAAGGAAAUAAGAGACAAGGCAAGACAGCUUAAGAUCUUGUGUCGCGGAGCCAUUGCCAAAGGUGGUUCCCUUGUGAAGAAUCUGGACGCUUUUGUGGAAGACAUUGUAGGCGCUUCCUCUGAUUCUGUUCAUCAGAACCAUUGGUCCACUUCUUAGGCACAAUAAUGUCUUCUUGUGUAAUCAUUAUUUAAUAAAUGGUUGAGGUGUACAAGGAAAAACAGAAAAACCGACAUAUCUCGGAUGAAGAUUAUUGCAUUUUUAAUGUGGUCUCUAGCUUUAUAAUCUAA